GUGCAGUCAGUACUUCCUGUAUCAGGCAGGCUCGGUUAGCGGCAGACUCCUCUGCUCCUCCUGACCCAGCGAGCAGCUGGAUUGUCAAUUUCAGGUCUCCCAGGCACGGCUGCGUUGAGCUCUCCUCCACCCCCUGGCCCGCAACUCUGGAAGCUGGCUGACAUCUCCCGAGAGCGCAGCUGCAUGUGCCUGAGCAGAGCCGAGGGAGAAUGGCAGUCCUCAAACUCACCGACCAGCCACCACUGGUCCAAGCAAUUUUCAGCGGUGAUCCAGAGGAGAUACGGAUGUUGAUCUACAAAACUGAGGAUGUUAAUGCUCUGGAUGGUGAGAAACGCACCCCGCUUCAUGUUGCGGCUUUUCUGGGGGAUGCAGAUAUCAUUGAGCUCCUCAUUUUGUCAGGGGCUCGUGUCAAUGCCAAGGACAAUAUGUGGCUGACCCCUCUUCAUCGGGCUGUCGCCUCAAGGAGCGAAGAAGCAGUACAAGUAUUGAUUAAGCAUUCAGCAGAUGUUAAUGCUCGGGACAAGAACUGGCAGACACCGUUGCAUGUAGCAGCUGCAAACAAAGCAGUGAAGUGCGCAGAAGUAAUCAUCCCAAUGCUGAGCAGCGUCAAUGUCUCUGACAGAGGGGGACGGACAGCAUUACACCAUGCAGCUCUGAAUGGCCACAUUGAGAUGGUGAACUUGCUUUUAGCCAAAGGGGCAAACAUCAAUGCUUUUGACAAAAAGGACAGGAGAGCUAUUCAUUGGGCAGCAUAUAUGGGCCACCUGGAGGUUGUUGCCUUGCUGAUUAACCAUGGUGCUGAGGUGACUUGUAAGGACAAAAAGGGUUACACUCCACUUCAUGCUGCUGCAUCCAAUGGGCAGAUUAAUGUAGUAAAACACCUUCUUAAUCUAGGUGUAGAGAUUGAUGAAAUGAAUGUCUACGGAAAUACUGCGCUCCACAUUGCGUGUUACAAUGGUCAGGAUUCAGUAGUUAAUGAGUUGAUUGACUAUGGUGCUAAUGUUAAUCAGCCUAAUAACAGUGGAUUUACCCCUUUGCAUUUUGCUGCUGCCUCCACUCAUGGAGCUUUGUGUCUUGAACUGCUAGUGAAUAAUGGAGCAGAUGUUAAUAUUCAGAGUAAAGAUGGCAAGAGUCCACUGCACAUGACAGCUGUCCACGGGAGGUUCACACGAUCGCAAACCCUCAUUCAGAAUGGAGGUGAAAUUGACUGUGUUGAUAAGGAUGGCAACACCCCUCUGCAUGUGGCUGCGAGAUAUGGACAUGAGCUUUUGAUUAACACCCUAAUAACCAGCGGAGCUGAUGCUGCCAAGUGCGGUAUCCACAACAUGUUCCCCUUACAUUUAGCAGCACUAAACGCUCACUCGGACUGCUGCAGGAAGUUAUUGUCAUCAGGACAAAAGUAUAGCAUAGUGUCCUUGUUUAGUAAUGAACACGUGCUGUCUGCAGGCUUUGAAAUAGACACCCCAGAUAAUUUUGGAAGAACGUGCCUCCACGCUGCUGCUGCAGGAGGUAACGUUGAAUGUGUAAAACUCUUGCAGAGCAGUGGAGCGGAUUUUAAUAAAAAGGACAAAUGUGGGAGGACAUCUUUCACUAUUUGCACUGCGAAUUGUCCAUUUCAUUGUAUCGAGACACGGACGGCUUUGCAAUACGCCUGCUGCUUCAGACAGGGAACAAAAAGAAAGAAUAUUUUAGGUAACUCCCAUGAAAAUGCCGAAGAACUUGAAAGAGCCAAUGAGAUGAAGGAAAAAGAAGCUGCAUUGUGUCUAGAGUUCCUGCUUCAAAAUGAUGCCAAUCCAUCGAUCCAAGACAAAGAAGGGUACAACACAGUGCACUAUGCUGCUGCUUAUGGCCAUAGACAGUGUUUGGAAUUGCUUCUGGAAAAAACCAGCAACAUUUUUGAUGAACCAGAUUCAGUAGCUACUAAAAGUCCUUUGCAUUUAGCUGCCUAUAAUGGUCAUCAUCAAGCCUUGGAGGUACUUCUUCAGUCUCUGGUAGACUUGGAUAUUAAGGAUGAGAAAGGACGCACUGCCUUGGACCUGGCUGCCUUUAAAGGACAUGCAGAAUGUGUUGAAGCUCUCAUCAGCCAGGGUGCUUCCAUCUUGGUAAAAGAUGACGUCACCAAAAGAACCCCACUCCAUGCCUCAGUCAUCAACGGUCACACACCAUGUUUGCGGCUGUUGCUGGAAGUUGCAGACAACCCUGAUGUGACAGAUGCCAAAGGACAAACCCCACUGAUGCUAGCUGUGGCAUAUGGGCACAUUGAUGCUGUUUCCUUGUUACUUGAAAAAGAAGCAUCUGUAGAUGCCGCCGAUCUCCUGGGAUGCACAGCUUUACAUCGAGGGAUUAUGACUGGGCAUGAGGAAUGCGUUCAAAUGCUGUUGGAACAAGAAGUAUCUAUCUUGUGCAAAGACUCCAGAGGCAGGACACCUUUACAUUAUGCAGCAGCUCAUGGUCAUGCCACUUGGUUGAGUGAAUUACUGCAGAUGGCACUGUCAGAAGAGGACUGUAGUUUCAAAGAUAAUCAAGGUUAUACACCAUUGCACUGGGCUUGUUAUAAUGGUAAUGAAAAUUGCAUAGAGGUACUAUUGGAACAGAAAUAUUUCCGCAAAUUUAAUGGUAAUAACUUCUCUCCAUUGCACUGUGCUGUAAUCAAUGAUCAUGAAAAUUGUGCAUCAUUGCUCAUUGGGGCUAUAGAUGCCAGCAUUGUCAACUGUAAAGAUGACAAAGGAAGAACUCCACUUCAUGCGGCAGCCUUUGCCGAUCACGUGGAAUGCUUGCAGCUUCUUUUAAAUCACAAUGCACUGGUAAAUGCCGCAGAUAAUUCAGGGAAAACGCCACUUACGAUGGCAGCUGAAAAUGGACAUGCAGGUGCUGUAGAUUUUUUGGUGAACAGUGCCAAGGCUGAUCUGACUGUAAAGGAUAAGGACUUGAAUACACCCUUGCACUUGGCUAGCAGUAAAGGUCAUGAAAAAUGUGCCUUGUUAAUACUUGACAAGAUCCAAGAACAGAGCCUUAUUAAUGCAAAAAAUAAUGCAUUGCAGACACCUCUCCAUAUUGCUGCACGAAAUGGCCUAAAAAUGGUGGUUGAGCAGUUGCUGGCCAAGGGGGCAUGUGUACUAGCAGUAGAUGAAAAUGGUCAUACGCCAGCCCUGGCUUGCGCUCCUAACAAAGACGUGGCUGACUGCCUGGCACUCAUUUUGGCUACCAUGAUGCCUUUUUCUCCUUCCAGUUCAAUGAUGCCUUUCAACUUCGUUUGUUUUAAAAAAGACAAUUUAAGCAGGACACAUCUCUGCGAUGGCUCCAAUAUGGGCAGCAUUAACUCUUACAGUAAACCCUUGAGUAACAAUAUAGGAACAGAGGAUGGGUACAAUGAAAAUGAUUCUGAUUCUGAAACGUUUUGACUUUGGUAUUCAAAGCUUUUUCUUAAUUGCAUUUGGGUUGUUGUUGUUUUUUUUUUUUUUUUUUUUAAAAAGCUUGAAUCUCACAUUAUAUUUUUAAAGUAUUAUUAUUGACUGAAAUUUCCAGAAUUAGGCAUUGAAAGGAUUAGGGACAUUAAAAAUAAUCUAGCCUUUAAUAUAGAAGUUAGGGAUUUUCGUUUGAAUGAAUUCACAUUUAUGUUCUGUAGUUUCAAGUUUCACCGUGUUUUCUUUAGGCCCCAAGUGCUCCUGUGAAAGUUUCUACCUCUUUUUUUAAGUAGCAAAAGAGAAAAUGCCUUUUUCUUUUUGACAGCACAAAUGAACAGGGAACUGUUGUAUAAAAUAUUCAUACGUCCUAGCUGUAUAGUUGAUACACAGACGUCUUUCCAAUGUGGCUUUCUUAAAUUCCAAGAAAGAACCCCACCCCUCUCCUCAUUGUUGUCUCUUCCCUGGUUAACACAGGUUCUGAAGAGUAGAUAAUAGUUCGUUGCACAAACCAAAGGUACAGUUGUGCAUCUUUUUAAAGUACUGCCUGUAUUACCUUCUCUAAGGGAAAUAAAACAUUUUACACUCUGCAUGUAUUAAGCACUUAAAUAUACAGAAGGCACUUUUUAAAGAUCUUAGGUACAGCACACAAUUAGAAGAAUACUGAUAUAAAAAUUUAAGGCCAAAUCCUGCUUGUCUCUCUCAUACCAAUAUUUCCCCACUGACAUCAGUGGAAUUACUUGUGUAAAGUCAGCAUGAUUCAGCCCUUGAUUUGUUUUUUUUUUCAAUUCAGCACAAACAUAUAUGGCUUAUUUGCACUACAGAAUUAGGGUCAUUAGGAGCUUCUGUUACCUGAGCAAUUAACCACCAAUCUGAGUUCAGAAAAAAAAAAAUAAGCUGUUGAUUUAUGAUGCAUCUAUAUUUUGUUGCCAAUUUAAAUUGGUAUUUUUCAUUUUAUUUCUAAACUUACAUAGCUUAUUUUUACCAGGAACAUUAUCAUGUUUUAAAAUACUUUUGCCAAUAUUUUGGUUAAAAUGAAUAAAGCCAAGGUAAAUACAGAGCAAGUGAAAGCAUUACAUCAAGAGUGGACAUACCAAACAAACGCUAGUAAAUUUGAAAGCAUAUUAUGGAAAGGGAAUCAUGAUGUACUAGAACAGCCGAUUGACACCAGCUUGCUUAAGCAACAUCAACAUUGUGAAUAUAUCUACUCCUUCUACCAAAGCUUCUAGGUCAAAUGGACCCCGUUCCUCGUCUGGAACAGAUGUACAAAAGGAAGACUGAGACUUUAAAAAAAUAAGCAAAUAAAUUACCAUGAACUAACCAGCUCUAUACCACGAGGACCAAAAUGCUUCAGUAUUUAAAUGGAAGAUUUUAAUUUUUUUCUGAAUGCAAGUGACAGAAUGAAGUAAUUUUUCUAAACUAUAAAAAUGUAAACUUUUUGAGUAAUGAAUAGUCUGGGGUGUAUUUUACAUUUUAUGACACAAAUUUCUAGCUGACAGCUUGACGUUUUUAACUGAUGAUGUGUUGACCACAGUGUAUUUUUUUCCAGACUAGAGAGAAUGUUCAUAUACUUUUAAUGUAAAUGUGUUUAUAUUUAUUUGAAAUGAAACCAAUGCCCAGGAAAAAUAACUAUGACUUGUUCUCCUUUUUUGUGAAUCUUAUUUGGCAUAACACAAAAUGAAAUGUGAAUAUAAGCCAAGACUGUUGGCUUGAGUGGGGAGGAGGAUGGACGUGUGUAGCGUGGCCACAUGGGCUGAAAACUAACCUCAGGUUCUUACUCAUAUGGCUGGAUGUAAUGUGAAGAUGAAUCAACCAGCCUGUUGGUAAAGGGUGGAGAGUGAAUUUGUGUAUUGCACCACUUGAGCACCCUUUAUCAGACAGAUUAGAGCAUAGGAAAAACUCACAACUUCUAACGGGGAAGGUGGGGACAUCCUAACGCAGCUAAGGUAUGUGGCACAGGAAGGAUAGAGGAGAUGUAAUGUGGCUUGGAGUAAAGAAAUUUGUUGAAACUACCUAUGAUUCCCACUCAGGCUGUUUGCAGGCUUAAGUCUAUGCUGGAAGGAUGGGAGGUGUCUCCUCAGUAAACACUUUAGGCAGGGCAAAGGAAAAAAUAGUUUUUUCUUUGUUGGUUUGUUUUUAAUUGCCAAUUCUGACAGUAUUCUAUAUAAUGUUAACAUUUUCUAAAAUUUGUUGACAGGUUCCCAUUCUUCAUGAAGGGGAAAAAAACAUUUAGUAUGUAAUUCUUAAUGAGACUUUUAAUGCAUAUAUGGGUAUCUAGUAGUAUACAUAAUACAUUACCUGUAAUUUGCCCUGCUAAAAUUAAAUGAUUUUAAUGUCUCUAUGAAUAUUAUGGAAUAGAACAUUUUAAAUCUUAAAGUUAAAAAAAAAAAAUCUCAAGGGGUGUUCCCUUUAAGGAUUCACAUUUCUCUUUUUCUGUGUUUUCCUGCAGUGGAAAUCCCAAGCUCCUGAACCAUGGGCUUUCCCCUCCUACAUUAGUACUGUAUGACUAUUUUGAUUUUUUUUAAAUUGCUAAAGAGCAAUAACUACUUUACUUAAAGCACUGAAAAUAAGGGGAGAGACCAACAUGGAAAGAGUGGUGGGUUCUGUGGUGUCCAUUUAGAAGUGAAUGGAAAUCCCACAUUUUGCUUUUUGUUGUUUCUAAAUGGAAUGAACACUUUAAACUUCAUUUCCCUUUUUUUUCAUUAGAAGGAGAAAAGGGUCACAAUUACCCUAGAAAUGCAGAGGUAAUAAUCACAGUGGUCAUUUAAAAAAAUUCAGCAUUUCCUAUUGGCUACCAUACAGUGAUAGCGAAAAUACCAUCAUUACUUCCUACUAAAAUAUUGGUAUCUGUGUAGUAUUUGUCAAUAAAUGCUGACUUUAUGAUGACCCAUUAUAUCUAACAUUAUAGAACUGUAGAUGAUUUAUUGAAUUUCUUUGAUCAUUCUGUGGUCCCAAUUCUAAAUCCGUUGAAGUCAGUAGAAUAUGAUUCCUAUUGAAUUCCAUGGAUUGUGGAAUGAGUACAAUCUACAAAUAGCUCAAGUGUAUAUCUGGUAUUGUCUACUUUAAAACAAAAACAAAGGAACUAAAUCUAAAUUUUCUCAUUGACUACAAACUGGCCAUCCAGUUUGAGUGGUGAUUUCAAGCAUGUUAUAUUACAGGAAUCGUAGAAAAGAUAUCACAUAUGCUUUGUUGGUUACCCUCUUAAGGGCACUGGGAAAGUCAUGUUUUGAGCAUGGUACUCUUAGAGGAGGAAAAAAGUACAAUAUGGGUGAGAUUUUCAAAAGGUGCUCAGCUUUGGUUUAAUUUUGCUCUUAUUGAAGUCAAUGAGAACAAGGUUAGGUAAAAUGUUGAACACUUUUGAAAAUCCCACCCUCGUUUUUAUUAGUACAAUAAUUUGUUCACACUUAUAGAAAUAAAUUUGUGAUUUAGGACUUGAUCUUGCAAACAUUUAAACAUGGGAAUAAUUUUACUCUUGUAAUAGUCAGUCCCAUUGAGUUAAUGGAACUAUUCACAGGAGUAAAGUUACUCAUGUGCAUAAAUGUUACAGGAUGAGGCACUUCAGUCCUGGUUCUGCGAGUUAUAUGGGCUACCUCUGUGCCUGUAGAUAACAUGGGGCUCUAUGUGAGUGCACUGGUCCGUCCCCAUGGUUCUACGUGAAGGAUCAGGGUUUUAGUUUAUAUUUUAACCACAGUUAUAGGUGGACUUCAUUGCAGGAAUGGUUCUCAAGUCUCUAUCAUAAAUACCAAAUGUUCCAAUUUUCAAAUUGCCUAAAAUCUGCCACUAUUCUACAUUGAAAUAGCUAUGGGAAUUUCAGUUUAUCAUUACUAACAUAGUAUGUUUGGUACUUUUUUAUGCAGUAAACAGCUGCCAGAUUUAUUAUUAAAUCAGAACAAAUACAUAAAAUGGAUUAUUAUCCUUUGUAAUGUUGAGAAACUUGGUUAUGUAUCAGUUGGGAUGAAUUAACGACUUGGUGAUUUUUUUUGUCAUGUAAGAAACUUUAGAGUGCCUUUUUAUAUUUGUGUAUUCUGGAAGUAUUUUGUGAAACUUGUUAUCUUCUGUUUUUCAUUUGAGUGUUAUCAAAGCAAUAUAAUACCAGUAAAUUUUCAAUUCAAGCCUUUUUGGAAAGUAUAAAGUAGUUUUUUUCUUUUUGUACGUUCUACCUGCAUUGAAAUGAAAAUUAAUUUGCUAAAUUUCUAUAGGUAAUUAUGUAUAAUUUUUGCAGUGCUGAAAAGGCUUUCUUAUUACACAAAAAGUUAACUUUAGGUCAGUGUUUAUAGGGCAGGACGUUUUAAAAUAGUGACAAUCUGACAGUGUGCAUAAAAUGUAAUUCUAUGCGUUUCUUAUGCAGUGAUCUACAUAUUAAAAGCCAAUAACCUUUGUUUUGUCGUUUUGUCUUAUUUUAUGCUUUAGCAUGUGCAAUAUAUCUUUACAAACCAUGGUGAUACAAAUUUGGUGCCAGUGUUAUAUUUUGCAUAACAUAUUUGUAAUAAACAAUCUAAAAUACUGUUUGAUGGUUUUGGUGGGAUUUUGUCUGUAAUGUUUUCUUAUGUAAAUUGGAGUUUAAUUACUUCAGUAAAUGUUAUGACUGUACAAAAUGAGGGGAAAAAAAAAUACUUAUUCCAGUGAAUGACUUGGAAUCCAAUCUGAAUCUGUUCAAGCACAGCUUAGUAUCAACUACUGAAUGCUGUAUUAAUGUAAUGAAGUACCCUGACUGUAAACUACUAUUGAAAUGCAUUCAGAUGGUUAUUUUUACAAAUAAAAAUGGUACAAAUAUUGUUUCAAAA